GGUAGAGUUAGGAAUAGGGUCAGGGUAAGGGACAGACAGAGGAAAAAAGAAGUUGCAGUUUCCUACCACAUCACCAACUAGUUGAAGAAAGUUGCCGGCGGAAUCCCAACUGAUCGCAGCGAAAGAGCUACGAGAGAAAACCCGGUACCCGCUCUGAAACUUCACGGAGGAAACCCAAGCACUGGAGCACGUUGCUUUCGGGCUUGAGCGACACAGCGUAAACCAGGGUAAAAAUCUGGCAAGAAGACAUUGAGGAAUUUUCCCCAGACCAGAGACACUGGGUAUCUGUGGACAAUUAGAGUGGAACUACUAAUAAACAUCUUUCGACGACUGAGAGAAAAACCGGAUAUCAUCAGUUCAGAAGGUUCGCAUCCAACUCAGGAACCGGGUUUCAUCACGUGCUUCCAAUGAGAAGUUCCUUCACUGAGUAAAGCCUGAAGAUUUGCUGCUUGGACACUAUGGGAAUGUUGAGGAACAUCUGGAGAGCCCGGAAAUUGUUGUUGGUCAUCUUGAUCCCUCUUCUGACAUUACCUCUGCCUGUCCUCUACCCUGACAGCCCAGAAGCACAGUGUGCGUAUGUCCUUAUAGUCACCGCUGUGUAUUGGGUGUCCGAGGCAGUCCCACUUGGAGCAGCAGCAAUGGUUCCUGCUUUCCUCUUUCCAUUGUUUGGGGUGUUAAAGGCCAGUGAAGUUGCGUCAGAGUACUUUAAGGACACAACGUUACUUUUGAUUGGUGUCAUCUGCCUGGCUGCUUCCAUUGAAAAAUGGAACUUGCACAAGAGGAUUGCUCUUCGCAUGGUGAUGUUAGCAGGAGCCAAACCAGGAAUGUUAGUCCUUGGCUUCAUGUGUUGUACGGUGUUCUUGUCCAUGUGGCUUAGUAACACUUCCACCACUGCCAUGGUGAUGCCAAUUGCGGAAGCUGUCCUGCAGCAGCUCAUCAACACCAGCCUGGAAUCUGAUGUAGAGUUAGCAGAAAUCACCGACACUGACAGCGUGGAAGACACCUACUCUGGCCCAGUGUCCCAAAAAUAUGAGCAGGAAGAUGAGAAGCAGCAGCUGGAGCUUAUCUACCUUAAAGAAAAUGGAAUGAAGAAGAACCAAUCUGACGAGAUGCUGACUAAGUCGGACAGACAGGACCAAAGUCAACCCAGAAAGGAGUACAGCAGUAAAUACAAGACCAAACGCGAUCACAUGAUCUGCAAGUGCCUUUCUCUAAGCAUCACCUACGCUGCUACCAUUGGAGGCCUCAUGACAAUUACGGGAACCUCAACCAACCUCAUCUUCGCUGAGCAGUUCAAUACUCGCUACCCGGAAUCGAGAUCUAUCAACUUUGGCACCUGGUUUGUUUUCAGCUUUCCUAUUGCCAUCAUCAUGCUGGUUUUGACCUGGAUCUGGAUGCACUGGCUUUUCCUGGGAUGCAACUUUAAGGAAACUUGUUCUCUGAGCAAGAAGAGAAAGACGAAACGUGAGGAGAUGUCUGAAAGGAGAAUUCAAGAAGAAUAUGAGAAAUUGGGGCCAUUCAGCUAUCCUGAGAUGGUGACAGGGAUUUUCUUUGUAUUGUUGACAUUGUUGUGGUUUACUCGGGAACCUGGGUUUGUUCCAGGAUGGACAUCACUCUUUGAGAGAAAAGGCUAUAGGACAGAUGCCACUGUCUCCAUUUUCCUGGGCUUUCUUCUCUUCUUGAUUCCUGCUCAGAAACCAUCUUUCUCCUGUUUUGGUGAGGAGAACAAUGAUGAGGAAAGUGCAAGGGACUUAAAGAAACUGAAGCAAUCAAAGGAACACAAUCCCCUAGCACCACUGAUAAACUGGAAAGACUUUCAGAAACACAUGCCUUGGGAGAUUGUCAUCCUUGUUGGAGGUGGAUACGCCUUAGCUGCAGGCUGCAAGGUGUCUGGCCUAUCAGAUUGGAUUGGACGUCAAAUGGAACCAAUGAGUAAUCUCCCGCCAUGGGCUGUUACGUUAAUUGCAUGCCUUUUGGUGUCGGUUGUCACUGAAUUUGCGAGUAAUCCAGCUACCAUCACAGUCUUCCUGCCUAUUCUCUCCACUUUGUCUGAGACUCUGCAGAUAAAUCCGUUGUACACAUUGAUACCAGCCACAAUGUGUGUGUCAUUUGCUGUGAUGCUACCUGUUGGUAAUCCACCAAAUGCCAUUGUCUUCAGCUAUGGGCACUGUCAAAUUCAAGACAUGGUGAAAGCUGGCUUUGGCGUGAACGUGAUCGGGGUGGUUGCUGUGAUGCUGGCCAUCAGCACCUGGGGAUUUCCUCUCUUCCAGCUGGAUCAGUUCCCAAAAUGGAUCCCAGCCAGCAACACAACAAGAGGCCUUUAGUCAUGAGAUGUGGAACCAGAGGUACAAGGAGAGUGCAAAGCAGACUGGGAAACAUUUGAUUAUUGGUGGCCAACUAAAGAAGGGAUCCAAUGCAGCAAGAAUCAUUACCCCAGAAUACAUGAUUCAGGAGUGCAAGGUGGAACCCAUUCUGACUUGGCAGCUUUCAAAUCAGGAGCAUUUGUUUUAGCUGUUUGAGGAUUUUUCAGGGUUUGUUUUUAUUCUGUCUUUGGGAAAUAUUCUUUUGGGCAUGGAAUUUUUAAAGUUUGUUACAAAAAAAUAUUUUUUUGCUAUUUCUUCCAAAGGCUAUGGUUCCUACAAAAAUUAUCCUAUUGCCUUUAGCAAUUCCUAGGCAGCAGGCAGAUCAAUCAUCAUGUAAGAUCAAGGCAAAUGAGUGGCCAGUUUAGCCUUUCAAGCCAUACUGGAUCAUAGUCGUCCAACAAGGUUUGCUUGAUGACAAUUAGGAGCAAGAACCUUGGUGAUUUUUCACUUUCAAACCUCAAAACGAGUUGAUCAUUAUUUUUACCACCACUAAACCUUCAGAGCUAUCAGUCUCGAACUGCAACGGUUAUAUUUGGUUCUGUACCACACUUUGCUGCCACUUUUGAUUUGUUAUCUUUUACUGAUGGAGCAAAUGGCUUUUAUUCGCAAUGGAUGAAAGUGCUAAUUAUUCCCUAUUGAAGAGUUUGUCACCGCGAGUCCAGAUUCCUGAAAUGAUUUGUAUAGUGUAUGAGGGUCAGCCUAACAUGCAUGCAUUAUAGAAGUUUUCAUAACAUUUCAGAGAAUGUUGGCAAGGACACUGGCUAUGAGAGAGAGAAGCCACCCUUUCUCACAGUACUACUGUCUCCCUGUUGAAGGUGGUUUUGCAGUGCACACACUGGACUGUCAUUAGAUUCAGAGCUGACAAACUGUUUCAGAUUUGGUCAUUGUAUCAAUAGAUGAUGUCUGAUGGCAAAUUUUGUCAGAGCAUAACUUCUCUCAAAGUCCUUCUGUGCAACAACAAGGCCAUGCCACUGCAGAUCCAAGAUUGUGGUAUUUCUCAAAAUUAUUGAUUUGUUUGUCUUUGCUUUUUUAAAAAAAAAUCAGACUAAAGUAAUGAAUAAACAUGUAGUACAAACUGCAGUUGCCAUUGCAGUCAUAAGCGUUGGGACAAUUUUAUUAAUGUACCUCAGUUCAUAAUGGCUAUAGCAUAAUUUUAAUUUAUGGAUAAUGGAAGACUAGCUAAUGAAAUGCAAAUGAUUCAUAUCUUCAAUGUGAAGGUCAAUUUUCUGUAUUAGUUUUAAUGCAAAAUGAGUCUUAGAUUUUUCUCCAUUUGGACAGAGCACAAAAUGGCCUCUUACACUCAAAGUACAUUUGGAGCAGUAAUUUCAUAAAACUGGCUUGAACAAAGAUUUGGAAGAUGGGUUAUUGGUCUAGUAGAGAUGGCGUUUCAAAGCUGUGCCUGAGGCAGAGUGUUGAGAGUAAAGCAAAGGCAUAAGUAUUGGGGGAGCAUAUCUAACUCAGUUCCUUAAAAUACAGAGCCUUUUCAUUCUUUAGUACUAAUAUGUUUCCAUCAUUCUAAUGUAUUUAAGAUUUACUUACGAAAUAUGAGAGUUUUGGGCUGUAAAGUCUUGAAGCUCCUAAUCACUGAGAAGCAGCUGUGCACUUAGCUGUUAAGGUGUACUCAGGAAGCAAGAGAACAUAUCCUCUCCAGUUUAAUCUUUCUAAAAACUUUUGCUGGACAAAAAUUUAAGGAAAUUUUACUUAAAGAUAUCCUAUCUCACCAAGAAAAAGUAGUUCCAUUGCUCUCCCAAUUCCAUCAAAUGGCAGCAUGUAUAUCUCCUUGCCAAAAGGACAGCUUCAAUAAACUGAAUUAUUAAUCAGCAAAUAUAUAUUGGUGACUUAUUAGUCAGCACCUGUAUAUUGGAGAAAUAAGCAACAAAUAAUAAGCAAGCAAGUUGACUGGACACCAUUGUUACAGAGUCAAAUUAUUGUGUCAGAGUUAUCUGGGCUGCUGCAGGUCACCAUGUACAAAAUGAGCUCCAGUGAGUGUUCUAUUUACGUAACACCUUACAGGUUAGCUACAAGCAUUGCUUGUGAAGCUCCUGCUACUUCCAAUUCUAGCUUACUCUCUGCCAACAUUGUUAAUUAAGGGCAGGAACCGAUUAUUUCACAAUGUUCUAAGUAGUUGAGGUGGCUGCCAAUAGUUUUAAUUCACCCCUCAGCUCUAAUUCCCGACUCAUCAGAAAGGAUAAAAGGUUUUAUUUGCUGUUAGUUCCCCAGAAGUAAACCUCUCCAUGAGCUCACUGCUUCAGAUCUGCACAUAGUAUCACGAGUGUGUUACUGUGAUGUUAAAUCUGCCUUGUUUGCCAAAGAGGAUCUUGAGUGUGACAAUGAAGUCCAUUAUCCCAAAAGACCUGUGUCUGCAGUAUCUUUAGUGAAAGUUAAAGGACUCAUUGUACUCCUGGCCCACAGUGGAUAUUGUUCAUUCUGCAGAGUUGAUCUUUUCAUUUUUUAAUAGCCUUGAAUACAAGGUCCCUCACCGCUGCACUGAAACAUUGGUUCUAUAGAGCAGCUUGCCACACUUCGCCAUAGAUUCAGCAGUAGAACCAGAGGAGCCACCUUUAUUCCUUCCAUUCAUGUGCUCUUUCCAUCCCUUCAAACUCCCCAGACUGCAUAAUAAUAAAAAAAGAAAAUAAUCAUCUUUGGCCACUAAGUGCUAAAUGUCAAUGGGUAUUUCAGCCACUGGUUGCAUAGACCUUUUCCAUAGUCUGUCCUUUAAGUUAUGUGGAACUAAAUUCUGGGAAUGGGAUAACGAGACCAGUGUUUUCACAUCAAAUUAGUGCUACUGACCAUAGGGAGAUCUCUCUCUCCACGGAUUCCACUGUUCUUCCUUACAUCAAAAAAAAGCGUCUCCUGGAAAUUCAAAAUUUGCUUUUUCUCCUGAAUACGCGAUUCUGCCGUAGGAAUGUAAAUUGAAACUGGAAUAAAGGAGCCAAAGCACCCUGCUCUCUUUGAAAUUUGCACAUGAUUUCUUUAUUUUUUUGGAAGCUCAAUAAAGAUCUGUAAUUGCAAACUA